AUGGGCUCUCCAGAGAUUGUCGUAGAUGGAGACAGCUCAUCCGAAUAUAUGAUCGACAAGAAAAAACAAGCUAGGGAUAAUGUCCAAGAGCUGCAAGUGAUUCAAAUCGCGCAUCAAUGGGAUCCAAAUCUACCACAGAAAAAACUUGAUGAAAUCAAUGAGGCAAUCAAGGUUACUAAUGACCAGGAAAAAGCUGUCCAGUUGGACAAGCCUUUUGCACAGGACUCUCAAUAUGAAUCUGUUCGUGCCGCUGUGCGGAAUACGGAUGAAGAAGUGAUUGCAAAUACGGUGCGUGCGUGGAUUCUGGGCUUGAUCUUCACAACUGUCGGAAGUGGGUUGAACAUGUUCUUGAGUAUGAGGAGCCCUGCCAUUUCAUUUCCUGUACUUGUGGUCCAAUUAAUUGUCUAUCCAAUCGGAUGUUUGUGGGCAAGAUUCAUCCCAACAAGGACAUUCAGUACUUUUGGAUUGCGAUGGACCUUCAAUCCUGGGCCUUUUACCAUCAAGGAACAUACAGUAAUCACUAUCAUGGCAAAUGUCUCUAUUGGCUACGCCUACUGUACAGACGCUCUCCUAGCUCUCAAGGCCAAGUCCCUAUACGAUCUUAAUAUCGGCUGGGGAUUUGAGCUUCUCUUCGCCUUGAGUAGUCAAAUCAUUGGAAUAUCACUGGCUGGAAUUUUCCGCCGUUUCCUCGUGUGGCCUGCUUCAAUGGUGUGGCCUACUCAGUUUGCUAACACCACUCUCUUCUAUGCAUUGCACGACAAGAGUGGCUCAGAUCCCUCCAAGACCAAUGGAUGGAGCAUCUCACGGUAUCGAUACUUUGUAUACGUGAUGGUGGGUUCUUUUUGCUAUUAUUGGAUACCUGGAGUUGCGUGGCAAGGUCUAUCUGUUUUUGCUUUUAUCACUUGGAUCAAGCCAAAAAAUGUGGUUGUCAAUCAGCUUUUUGGAGGAUUCACUGGGCUAUCACUCAUCCCAAUCACCUUCGAUUGGACAUACGUUACAGCAUAUCUCGGCGACCCUCUUCUCGCACCUGUUCAUUCCCUCAUCAAUACCUUGAUCGGUUUAUUCGUUUUUGUGAUAAUCACUACUAUCGGAAUAUGCUACACUGGAGCUUUCUACGCGGAGUAUCUUCCAAUCAACACCUCCACCACCUAUGAUAACACCCAAACGACUUACAACGUGAGUCGAAUCCUGGGUUCAGGCUUUACGUUCGACGAAGAAAAGUACAAGAAAUACUCGCCCAUGUUUCUUUCCCCUACAUUUGCAUUAAACUAUGGACUCUCCUUUGCUGCACUUACCGCGGCUAUCGUUCACAUCAUUCUAUAUCACCGCAAGGAGAUCUGGCAUCGCUUUAAGUUUUCUCGAGACCAAGAACCUGAUAUUCAUUUCAUCAUGAUGAGGAAGUAUAGGGAGGCACCUGAGUGGUGGUAUGGUUCUUUAUUCUUGCUAUCAAUCGCGCUGGGAUUGGCAGGCAUCCUUGGAUAUGAUUCACAGCUACCAUGGUGGGCAUUUUUCGUGUCUCUGAUUGUAGCUUUGGUUUUUAUUAUUCCUACUUGCAUGAUUCUCGCGAUUACGAACAUUCAGCUGUCUCUAAAUGUGUUGUCCCCAUUUCUGGCUGGUUUCAUGAUUCCCGGGAAGCCAAUUGGAGUCAUGGUCUUCAAAGUCUUCAGCACGAUUACACUGGGCCAAGCCCAAACUUACUGCCAGGAUCUCAAGCUAGCUCAUUAUAUGAAAGUUCCUCCUCGGGUCACCUUCAUGUGUCAGGUUGUUGCCACAAUAUGGGCUUGCUUUGUGCAAAUUGCAGUCAUGAACUGGACCCUCGGUACAAUUGAUGGUGCUUGCGACCGGGACCAACCUGCAAACUUCUCAUGUCCAAAUGGCCGCACAUUCUACUCAUCUAGCAUUGUUUGGGGUCUCAUCGGACCCAAGCGGAUCUUUGGAGUAGGCGCAAUAUACACGUCGAUCCAGUGGUUCUGGCUUCUCGGCGCUUUACUUCCUGUGCUGUUCUACGCCCUGAUGCGGAUUUUCCCCAGGUCCAAGGCCAGGUUCCUCCACGCACCUGUUAUGCUCGGUGCCAUGGCCUGGCUCCCUCCGGCAACGCCACUAAGCUUCUCUACCUGGGCCAUAUUCGGCCUCAUAUUUAACUACUGGAUUCGCCGCAGAUGGGGUGGAUGGUGGCAUCAUUUCAACUACAUCACGGCUGCAGGACUCGACACUGGUCUCAUCAUUUCUACAAUCAUAAUUUUUUUCGCUAUUACACUGCCAGGUGUCUCGGUGCCAUCCUGGUGGGGCAAUGUAGCGGUUUUCGAGACAAUGGACUCUCUAUACACUGCGGUUCGAAAGACAGUCACUGCAGGGGAAACCUUUGGACCUAAGACCUGGUAG